GUUUCUAAUGAGCAUGUCCGAGACAUGGGUUACCAGCGGUUCCGGAGGGAGCGGUGUGCUUGCCCGGAUCUCUCGAUGGACAUUUAUCAGAGUCACCCAGUUGCAACUGAAAGCCACGUUCGUCCUUUUCUACGACGUUGAAGACACAUCAUACUCAUGUACUACACACAACCUUCUCCCCUAGCCCGUUCCAUAUACCCUAUUCUCCAAUUACGACUUCUAUAUACCCACCUUUGGCGUUGUCUCCCAUCUACACAGCUGCCAUCACCGGAAGACUUCUAUACGCUCACGCGAACACGGAUCGAAAAAUCGCCUCGCGUCAUUUUGCCUCUUCUUCUGAGCUUUUUUCAAUCCGUCUUCUCUUUCAUGCAAUUUAUAUGUUAUUUCGGUCCUACUUUUUUCCCCCGCUUACUUUUCGUUUUAGUCCUCUUCCUCAAACAAUGGAGGCAUAUUCCCCUCAUACUCCAAACAGCAGGACCGCAUCUUCUGCCUGUUUGUGUAUAUUUCUCUUCUUAUGCAAUUUCACAGCGCGGUAAGAAUUCGAGCUCGAAUCCGGCCAACCGAUCGUUCGAUCGUUCGAUCAAUCAAUCAGUCAAUCAACCGAUGGAACCCGAGCAAGCCAGCGAGACUGAUCGCUACAUUGGUGGAUACGGAUGGCGGUGAAGGGGGUACGAAGACGGUUGGACGAGAGCAAGAGUGAGGAGCAGGCCCGCGGAAACCUAAGGAGAACCAGCAAUCACGGAGCACGUGUUAUGGGCUGAUCUGCUUGAAUUCUUAUUUCUUGGGUGGGUUUUUUCAUGUCCCUGGCUGGUUGGCUGAAGGAAUUCGGCCGGUCUAAGGUUGGAGGGUAGGGAGCAUUCCUGGGAUGGGUAAUUCUGGACUAAGGAUGGAAGGAAGACAAUAUCCUCAGCUUCUUGUUUGCAAGUGAGAGGACUCAUAAUUUCUCUUUUCCUUUAC